AUGGUGUCCGGAUCAGGAGCCUGCGCAAAGAGAGUGGUGGUUGACGCUCGUCACCACAUGCUCGGCCGGCUCGCCUCAAUCGUCGCGAAGGAGCUUCUCAACGGUCAGAAGGUAGUUCUCGUUAGAUGCGAAGAAAUUUGCAUCUCCGGCGGUCUCGUUAGACAGAAGAUGAAAUACAUGCGGUUCCUUCGUAAGCGUAUGAACACCAAACCCUCUCAUGGUCCUAUUCACUUUCGUGCUCCGUCCAAGAUCUUCUGGCGCACUGUUCGUGGAAUGAUUCCACACAAGACCAAGCGUGGAGAGGCUGCACUUGCUAGGUUGAAAGUAUACGAGGGAAUUCCUCCACCAUAUGACAAGAUCAAAAGGAUGGUGGUACCUGAUGCCCUUAAGGUGUUGAGGCUUCAAAAGGGCCACAAAUACUGCUUGCUUGGGCAGUUGUCAUCCGAGGUUGGAUGGAAUUAUUACGACACCAUCAAGGAGUUGGAGAAGAAGAGGAAGGAACGAGCUCAUUUGGCAUAUGAGAAGAAGAAGCUCCUCAAUAAAUUGAGGACUAAAGCCGAAAAGAUUGUUGAUGAGAAACUUGCUCCACAACUUGAAAUCCUUGCUCCCGUUAAGUACUGA